AAACAGAGAAAAUCAAAUCCUACAAACUCAACACACUUUCUCAAAAUCACAUUUCCUUCUGUGCAAACAAAAUGACAAUUGAGCUGCUGUGGGUUGUGCUCAUCACCAUCUUAAGAUUUGGAGAGGCAAAUCCAAGACUAAAAGAAGUAUGCAACCCAAGUGACCUGAAAGGCCUAACCAUUUUCAAGUCUGGAAUUCAUGUUGACACUUCAGGCCGGCUGGCAAAGUGGGUUGGUGGCAAUUGUUGCAACUGGGAAGGCAUUUCCUGUGAAAUUAGGACUGGCAGAGUGGCAGUAAUAAAUCUAUCUGCCUUCAUUUCAUCUGAUGAUUCUCCUUUCCAAGCCCAGAUGGAAGGCUUGUUCUCUUCUUCAAUUACCCUCCUAGCCUCUCUUCAAGUCCUAGAUCUUGGUGGGCUCUCUGGUCUUUCUGGGACACUUCCAAAAUCCAUAGGUUUUCACCUCCCGGAGCUCAGAAGGCUCGUUCUUUACGGCAACAACCUCAGUGGAGCAAUCCCAAAAAGCAUUGGUAAGCUGUCAAAACUUGAGGAACUUGUGCUGCAUGAGAAUAAGUUUUCUGGGUCACUCCCAUCAAGCCUCGGGAGCCUUAAGAAUCUAAAGAGGCUAAGUUUAUAUUCAAAUCGACUUUUGGGUCGCAUGCCUGAUUCGUUUACAAAUUUGACAAGUUUGGUAUAUUUGGAUCUUCAUGACAAUUCUCUGACUGGUCACAUCCCACAGAGAAUUGGUCAGUUGCAGGUCUUGGAAGAGCUUGAUCUUUCAAGCAAUUUCUUGGCUGGGAAUCUUCCACCUUCAUUGGCUAAUUUAACUGCCAUUUCAGUUAUGUGCUUGGACACUAAUUAUCUUGAGGGACCAAUUCCAUUUCCAUCAAGCUCUGCCCAAAUGUCUUCUCUUCGGCUUUUAAGGCUGCAUACUAAUCAUCUUACUGGGAAAAUACCACCCACAUUUGGAGAUCUGGUCUCCCUCCAAAGAUUUUCCCUAGCAAAUAACAAGCAUGAGGGAGCAAUCCCCUCUAGCUUUGGUAAUUUAUCAGCUUUGAGAGAGCUAUACCUUAAUGGCAACCAAUUUUCUGGUCAAAUACCAAAAUCAGUUGGUCAACUCUCCCAGCUUAUACUCUUCAACAUCUCUCAUAACUUGAUCCAAGGACCACUUCCUUCUGAGAUGUCUUCCCUCCAAAAUAUUCAAGCGCUCGAUCUGUCAUUCAACCUUUUAAGCCUUUCCUCCAUCCCAAAAUGGCUUGCGGAGCUGCCGUCCCUUUCUCGGAUUUACUUGGCAGGAUGUGGGAUCCAGGGCAACAUUCCAGGGUUCUUGCGCUCAACUCCAAGUCCAAUUCAGGAACUGGACUUAUCAGCCAACAAUCUUACUGGAAGCAUUCCAACAUGGCUUGGAGUUGGAAGCCUUGCUCAGCUCUACCUAUUAAACCUGUCCAGGAACUCACUUGUUUCAAAGAUCCCUGACUCAGUUACAAACUUGCACGACUUGGGUGUGCUUGAUCUCCAUGGAAACAAACUAUCAGGCUCGAUGAGCCGAGUUUUCGAGAUAGGACUGGAGUUCCCAGAUGGAUCACUAACAUAUCUUGAUCUUUCUGAAAACAAAUUCUCCAGUGGAAUGGGGCAAAUUGGGGUAGGAUCUCAGCGUGGCAUUCAGCUUCUCAACUUAUCAAACAACAUUUUGCAAGGUAGAUUUCCAACAUCCAUAGAGAGACUGAAGUUACUGCAAAGUCUGGAUUUGAGUUCCAACAAGUUAGGCUUCAACUUGCCAGAGGCCUUGGCGAAUUUAAGCAUGUUAGAGACGCUAAAGUUGGAGAAAAACCGCUUUGCUGGUAAAAUUCCAAAUGGGUUUUUGAAGUUGAGAAAGCUGAAGCAAUUAGAUUUAUCAGACAAUCUUUUAGUCGGGGAAAUCCCAGUGGGUAAACCCUUGAGUGACUUUCCCCAGAGCUCUUACUCUGGAAACAGAGGCUUAUGUGGAAAGCCUCUCGCUCCUUGUAAGCCUACAUGGUUUGGUUGAUGUGUUUGAAAACUCAUGAAGGCCUAUCCACCUAAAUAACUUUUACAAUUAGUUCCAAAUUCUUUGAUUUAUAAAAACAUUUACAAUUAGUGCAUGGCUGUGAUGAUUUUUUUGCACUUGCUAUGGCAUGCUUGUUGCCUCAAUUCAUUG